CGAAUUUCAAGUGCAAGUAAAAAGAAUGGUGAAUUGUACGACCGCGUUUUGACUAAGAUUCCGUGCGACGCCGUAUUGAAGACUCUUGUCAUGAAAUAACACUGCGAAGAAGACUCAACUCCCUCUCUCUUUCUGUCAUUCUCCGAGAACAAAAAUAUCUCGCUCCAACUCUUCUCUUGGGAAUCGAGAAGAGCGAACUGGAGUGAGAGACAGAGACGAUGGGGUUGUCUUUCACGAAGCUGUUCAGUAGGUUGUUCGCGAAGAAGGAAAUGAGGAUUCUGAUGGUAGGUCUCGAUGCUGCUGGUAAGACAACCAUCUUGUACAAGCUCAAGCUUGGAGAAAUCGUCACCACUAUCCCCACUAUCGGAUUUAAUGUUGAGACUGUGGAGUACAAGAACAUCAGCUUCACUGUGUGGGAUGUUGGUGGUCAGGACAAGAUUCGUCCACUAUGGAGGCAUUAUUUCCAGAACACUCAGGGUCUCAUUUUUGUGGUUGAUAGCAAUGAUAGAGAUCGAGUGGUUGAGGCAAGGGAUGAGUUGCACAGGAUGCUGAAUGAGGAUGAACUUAGAGAUGCUGUUUUGCUUGUUUUUGCCAACAAGCAAGAUCUUCCUAAUGCAAUGAAUGCUGCAGAAAUAACCGACAAGCUUGGUCUUCAUUCACUCCGUCAACGCCACUGGUAUAUCCAGAGCACUUGUGCAACUUCUGGAGAGGGUCUCUAUGAGGGUCUGGAGUGGCUUUCCAACAACAUUGCCAGCAAGGCGUGAGACAUAUGAAAAAACUUGGUUUUGUCUUGAGAUUUCAUGCUAGUCUGGCGGUUCUUGGAGAAAGAUGCUUAUGUUUUAUAUGGUUAAGGUUGUAAUAGCUGAACACUUAUUGUAAGUAUUUAUUUUGUGUUAACUUGGUUUUGUAUGAAUGUUUAAGUUAGCUAAUACUUUUAGCUAUAAUAAUCGGAACUUUUGUUCGUGUUUGGUUAGUUUCAUCA